AAAUCGUCCAGCUUUUCUUCCAAUCCCAUAGCUCAGUGUAACAUGUUUUUGCAAAUUCUGAUUGUAACUCCUCCCUAGUGUGAACCCAUUUUCGAUUCUGUGAAAUUAUUCAUGGCUUCCCACUCUUAACUAUAUUUCUCAUUUCCAAGCCUAUGAAUCUUCCUAUGUUCACUGGCCAUUUCGGGGGUUAAUAUUUCCAACGUGAAGUGGCGCAAUUAGGGUCUUUUCUCUGUUGAUUUGCUUAUUGUACGCUCAUUUAGAUAGAGUGUUCUUGUUUCGUACCCGACGAUGACGAUCAUUAUGCAGUCCGCGCCAGGAAGCUCAGGGUAUUUAGAUUUAUACCCUGAGAGGAAAAUGUCUCUUUUCAAGAACCCUUAUAUUCUGGGACUCACUGCCGUUGCCGGCAUCGGUGGACUGCUCUUCGGUUACGACACAGGCGUUAUAUCAGGAGCCCUUCUGUAUAUUAAAGAUGAUUUUCAGGAAGUGAAAGACAGUAAUUUUCUACAGGAAGUAAUUGUCAGCAUGGCUGUUGUUGGUGCAAUUAUUGGAGCAGCAGUAGGUGGCUGGAUUAACGAUGCUUAUGGAAGAAAGAAAGCCACACUUAUCGCUGAUGUUAUUUUUACUAUGGGAUCAGUUGUCAUGGCUGCUGCACCAGAUCCUUAUGUUCUCAUACUGGGACGCCUUUUGGUUGGGCUGGGUGUAGGCAUAGCUUCUGUUACUGCACCUGUGUAUAUUGCAGAAGCAUCGCCAUCAGAAAUAAGAGGAGGAUUAGUUAGCACAAAUACGCUUAUGAUAACCGGGGGGCAGUUUCUUUCCUACCUCAUAAAUCUUGCUUUUACACAGGUCCCAGGGACAUGGCGAUGGAUGCUGGGAGUUUCAGGUUUGCCGGCAGUUAUUCAAUUUGUCUUCAUGCUUUUCCUGCCUGAAUCCCCUAGAUGGCUCUUCAUGAAGGAUAGGCAAAAUGAAGCUGUUAAUGUGCUGUCUAAGAUCUAUGACUUUGCUCGCUUGGAGGAUGAAGUUGAAUUUCUUAGAGUUCAGUCAGAGCAGGACCAUCAGAAAACAAAGGAGAUCAAAUACUGGGAUGUUUUUAAAUUUAAACAGAUAAGACUUGCAUUCCUUGCUGGAGCAGGACUGCAGGCUUUUCAGCAGUUUACAGGUAUAAAUACGGUUAUGUACUACAGCCCGACGAUUGUCCAAAUGGCUGGCUUCCGCUCCAAUGAGCUUGCUCUCCUCCUAUCCCUCAUAGUAGCUGCCAUGAAUGCUGCUGGCACUGUUCUUGGCAUCUACCUUAUUGAUCAUGCAGGCAGGAGAAAAUUGGCUCUUUAUAGCUUAGCUGGAGUUAUCACAUCCCUGAUCCUUUUGUCUGUGUCAUUUUCAAGCCAAUCAUCUGACUCUACAAAUGGAUUAUAUGGGUGGCUUGCAAUUUUGGGUUUAGCCCUAUAUAUUGCCUUCUUUUCGCCCGGGAUGGGGCCUGUACCAUGGACAGUAAACUCCGAAAUAUAUCCUGAAGAGUAUCGUGGAAUAUGUGGAGGAAUGGCGGCUACAGUAAAUUGGGUUUCAAACUUGAUUGUGGCUCAGUCGUUUCUUUCAAUUGCUGCAGCCCUAGGGACUGGCUCAACCUUCUUGAUUAUUGCUGGUAUAGCCGUGCUUGCCUUUCUCUUUGUGGCUGUGUACGUCCCAGAAACCAAAGGAUUAACAUUUGAUGAGGUGGAGCAGAUGUGGAGGGAAAGAGCUUGGGGCAAGGAUCAAAUCACACAAAGUCUUCUUCAGCAUGGAAAUCAACCCUAGCAGUGUGACACGUUGUAUGGUCAUUCUCUAAAUUCAAUUUAUAUGCAAUAUGUUUAAUGUAAUGUUGAUUGGAUACUUCAUGCGUCAAAAGCAUAGGGACAUGAAGUGCCGAAACUAAGUGACUGCCAAGAAACGUUCCAUUAUGAGAAGCGGAAGAAGGGAAGAAGAGAUUUAAGUGUAAAAAUAGUGCAAGGAGUCCCCGAGAACAUACCAGAAUGACUCUCACGUGGGGUUAUUGGCAUUUUCAGCUUAACCAGUUAUUUAUUUAUUAGGCAGUAAUAAUUGUGGAAAUCGGAUAGGUAGGUGGCUGGUUUCCAUCAACAACAAAUGGAGAUGGAAUUGCGUCUGCUGCUUGGGUGGUUGGCUGAAAAGCGAGUCAAAUGGUAAUUGUCCUCUCAACAUAAUAAUGUAGCUGCAAAGUAGUGCAGUGGCAUUAAAGCGUGGGGGACCAAAGCGCAAACCCCAUGAGUGUGGAGGAUUGAAUGAAUCGCAACGCAGGGAGUUCCAAAACGCAAAACGCGUGUCUCGGGGGCCUAAUAUUAAUGGUUCUGAUAAGGGCUUCCUGUACCAGGAUCAUGAUGCCAUCUCUCCAAUUUCACUAAAAUUGCCCCUUGCGUUUUUUUCCUUAAAUACGGUAAUUUUUAAAAUAUACUGUUAUCAUCUUACUCCUAUGUCGCUUUAUAAUUUUAAUACAGUAUUAACCAUACUUUCAGCUGUUUUAA